GUUGUCAUCCUCGCAUCUGCUGUAACCUGUGAGCCCCUCGACGAGAUCAAUCGAGCACAUGUCCUUGAAUUCCACCUCAACGCACGAGAACAUGUCUUCCCCCCUUCCAAGAAUAUGCUUCUCAUGAAGUACUCGAUGAAGUUGGAGCGUCUUGCAGAAUCCUGGGCCUCUCAAUGCCUUCUUAAACGUCCCGACCCCUCGCUCUAUCCACAAUACUCCAAUAUUGGUUACAACAUUGCACUUUCCAGCGAAUACAACCCAUCGCUGUAUAAAUAUGUCUGCCAUUGGCUAGACGAAGCUCGAUUCUACAAUUUCAGUGCCAAUACAUGCAGUGAUGUCUGUAGCCACUACAAACAAGUCGUUUGGGCAAGCUCUGCCCAGUUGGGCUGCGCCGUGCAUCAAUGUGAUGGUCUCAAUCCCCAAUGGCCUGAUCCACAAUACCUCACCGUCUGUCUCUACGAGCCUGCUGGAAACGAAGGUGAUCAAAGACCAUAUGAAUUCGGACUUAGUUGCAACAGGUGUCCCAAGGGGUACUCAUGUCAGCGCAAACAAUGUGCAGAAGAUUUUUCAGUGAAAGAUCUGUACCCGACGUCAGUGCUGCAAAAUGUCAAGGACAGGUCUGUUCCUCCAUGUUUGCCACCCAAAGCCGGUCGCUUACUGCCUUCUGCCACCACUUCUCACCCCCGUAGUGCAGCACCAACUCACAACGACAUCGUUCUUCUCUAUGAAAUAAUUACCAUACUUGUAAUCAUGCGCAGUGAAGAUGGCGACGUUAUGGACUUGAAGUUACAGGUUUGUCUUUGCUUCACUCAAAUGACAGCACUUCUUUCAUUUUGA